GCACGCAGGCAGGGCGACCGUGCAGUUCUCAGCCUCUGGGCUCUCUCGCCCCGCGCCCGCCUCGGGGCUGCCCUCGCCUGCCCUCGCCCUAGCGCAGCCCCGACCCGUGGGGGCGCGCGCAGCCUCCCGGGGCUCCCGCGGGCGGGCGCGCGCGGGGCGGGGGCGGCGCGCGCGCGGGGAGAGUGUGGGCCGGGCGGGCGCGGCGGGAAGAGCCGGGCGCGCGAGCGGAGCCUGCUGCUCACCUGCAGCCGGCCGCUUACCUGCCGCGGAGCGGGCGCCCAGCGCCCUCCCGGCCCGCUCCCGAGCCCGGCCGCCGCCCCUUCCCACCGCGGGCACCGACGCCGACAGGCGACACGAAUAGCCCGCGCGCUUCGGAAGCACCGGAGGAGCCCCCCUCGGCCUGGGCGUGCCAAGAGGACAGGGGUUAAAAUGAAUGAAGACCUGAAGGUCAAUUUAAGCGGGCUGCCUCGGGAUUAUUUAGAUGCCGCUGCUGCGGAGAACAUCUCGGCUGCUGUCUCCUCCCGGGUUCCUGUCGUAGAGCCAGAGCCUGAGCUCGUAGUCAACCCCUGGGACAUUGUCUUGUGUACCUCGGGAACCCUCAUCUCCUGUGAAAAUGCCAUUGUGGUCCUUAUCAUCUUCCACAACCCCAGCCUGCGAGCACCCAUGUUCCUGCUGAUAGGCAGCCUGGCUCUUGCAGACCUGCUGGCCGGCAUUGGACUCAUCAUCAAUUUUGUUUUUGCCUACUUGCUUCAGUCAGAAGCCACCAAGCUGGUCACGAUCGGCCUCAUUGUCGCCUCUUUCUCUGCCUCUGUCUGCAGCUUGCUGGCUAUCACUGUUGACCGCUAUCUCUCACUAUACUACGCUCUGACGUACCAUUCGGAGAGGACGGUCACGUUUACCUAUGUCAUGCUCAUCAUGCUCUGGGGGACCUCCAUCUGCCUGGGGCUGCUGCCCGUCAUGGGAUGGAACUGCCUCCGAGACGAGUCCACCUGCAGCGUGGUCAGACCGCUCACCAAGAACAACGCGGCCAUCCUCUCGGUGUCCUUCCUCUUCAUGUUCGCGCUCAUGCUUCAGCUCUACAUCCAGAUCUGCAAGAUUGUGAUGAGGCACGCCCAUCAGAUAGCCCUGCAGCACCACUUCCUGGCCACGUCGCACUACGUGACCACCCGGAAAGGGGUCUCCACCCUGGCUAUCAUCCUGGGGACCUUUGCUGCUUGCUGGAUGCCUUUCACCCUCUAUUCCUUGAUAGCAGAUUACACCUACCCCUCCAUCUAUACCUACGCCACCCUCCUGCCCGCCACCUACAAUUCCAUCAUCAACCCUGUCAUAUAUGCUUUCAGAAACCAAGAGAUCCAGAAAGCGCUCUGUCUCAUUUGCUGUGGCUGCAUCCCAUCCAGUCUCGCCCAGAGAGCGCGCUCGCCCAGCGAUGUGUAGCAUCCUUGCACCCAGAGGACUCAGCAUUUACCAAGCACUUCCACUGCCUGGCCAAGGCUUGAGAUGUUUCCCUUGGAUUCCUUGCAUUGGAUUCCCUCUCAAGCUACAGGAGCACUUAGCACUGGUGAAGCAGUGACAUCGUUUAGAUGAGUUAAGUGAUUGAAGUGAAAAUAACGUUACCAGUGUUUUCACCAUCAAAAAAAAUUGUUGAGCUCUUCACGCAAUAUUCUUUUGUUUUGCUUGGGAGCAGGGGUUUCCUUUUAUAUUUUGUUUGAAGGGCUUAUUGGGGGUAGGAAAGGAAGGAAGGGAUAUGAUACGGCCACGAUGUUAUAAGAAGUAAAUAAGUUUCAGAGUUUUUACCUGGACUUUAAAAUAAAUCUGAGUGAUUGAGGAGAACUGAGAGUUACUUUUUCCAGACCGUUCUUUUUUUACAUGAUGGUAGAUUUUUUAAUGCUGCAUGUAUGUAACAGAAUACAGCCCUUUCAAUCCAAUACAAAUAGUUUACAUAAUUGUGUUUGAAAGGGACCUGAUUUUACUAACAUGAACUCAGUAAUGUCACCGGCAUUGAAACCAUGAAGCCGUUGUUAUUCGUUCUUUCUUUCCUUUCGGCAGUUACUGUUCACAAGAAUUCCUUUGGUGUUUCUAUAAACGUUGCAGUUCCUUCUGCAUGGUUGACUGUGUUAGCUAGGCCACUAGUUUCAAAUGCUGCCAUGUAAAUCUAGGUGCCAAGAGGUCAUCUUUCAAUAUGUACUUUCUAACAUGAAUCCUGAAAUAGGUUUUGAUUUUCAUAUGAAGUAGGAUUCAUUAGAUCCUCAUUGUAGUUUCUUAAGCUAUUGUCUGAUUGUUUUCAGAAAACAAAAGGAAAAAACAUUAAUAAUAGCUAUUAAAAGUAGAUUAAAUUUAUUUUAAUAUAUUCUGAAAAAAUAAACUAAUGUGACAUUAUCAUGAAAUAAGAAAGCCUCACCUUUCCUCUCUCUAAGAAUAUAUUAAUAAUUAUUCUUGAUUGAGACAAAAAGAAUAAAUAUCAUGGACCAAGGUUUUCUGGUUUCAUACUGUCUGUGGUACAUAAUGCAUUUGAAACAGGCAGUCCCCUAUUUUAAUGAUUAGGUUUGUUUGUGAUUGCACAGUGUCCGUCUAUGACUGUGAUAUAUACCAGCUACAUCCUAUAAGGUCAUAAACAGAAUGACCAUCGGCUGUUGAUGAAAAGUUAAGUUUGAAAUCUUUUAACUUCUUUUCACCAAAAACCAAUUUAUAUUCAAGAAAAGUCAUAUUGCCUGUUUUCAGAGAGCAAGAAUGUAGUCAGGACAUUGCAAAGAAGAAUUCACUUUAAACACAUUGUAAAAUCAAUGUGUCUCAGUUUUCAUUUUUGUUCAUGCACACAAAUGUAGACACAGAUACCUUCCCUGCGUUUGCAAUGGAUUUAUAGUUAUGUCUAUAUAAUCAGUGGAAAAAAUUCUUGGCAGCACAUCAACUUAGCCCAUUCAGAUGGCAGCAAGAGCAGUACUUCAGGGUUGUUGGGGAAUCAUUUGUAAAAGUUAACCUUAUUGGUUUGUCCCAGAUGUGAUGCCCAGGGUGGUCUCGGGACCACUCUGGGAGGCUGCAUGCUGAUGCCUUCUCUCCAAAGCCUCUUCUAAUGUCGCACAUGUGUGAAAAAAUCCUCUACUUGAAUCUGUGUCUCCUCCCUGAGGUUACUUAUGGAAGCAGGAGAGGGACUGAAAUACUUAACAAGUGGGAAAGAAUUUUCAAUACAUAUCACUGUAUGAUCAAUCUAAUAAAAUUGAUGCCUUUAAAAUAUUUUUUUAACAUCUGAUGGAGUUGGUAGAUUGAAUAUGAUGGAGUCUGUUUAUUUUUAAUUAGUGAAAAUUGAAUAGGAUCACCAUGGGAGACUUGACAAAGGUAAGUUGGUUUUGACAGGGGCUGGGAAACAUCCAUAGUGAGGUUUUAGAGGAAUAAAUGAUGAUUUUAUAGAAAUAGUGGCUCAAUUUGCAUAUUUCCAAUAGUAAGAGUUAUAAUGAGAAUAAUAUGUACUUGUUGUGACCACAUGUGUGCCAGGCCCCAUGCUGGGUGUUUUACUAUAAUCACAAAAAUACUACUUCUAUAGGUGAGAAGACUAAAACUAAGAGAGGAGAGGAUAAAAAAUUUGUCUGAGGCCACAAAGCACAAGGGAAGAGUCAGAAUUUGAAGCCAUUGCCAAAAUCUAAGUCUUUCUCCUUGCAAGCUUUCAUCCAUCAGUGGAUACCAGGGCAUGUUCCUGUCACAGAGUUUGGCUCUACAUUUAAGAAAUAAAACUUGGCCUGGCGAAGUGGCCCUUGCCUGUAAUCCCAGCACUUUGGGAGGCCAAGGCAGGUAGAUCACCUCAGGUCAGGAGUUAGAAACCAGCCUGACCAAUAUUUUUAGUCUGUCUGUACUAAAAAUAAAAAAAAUUAGACAGGCGUGGUGGCAGACACCUGUAAUCCCAGCUACUUGGGAGGCUGAGGCAGGAGAAUCAUUUGAAGCCAGGAGGGGGCAGUAGCAGUGACUCAAGGUCGCACCACUGCACUCCAGCCUGGAGCAAGUCAGCUCCACAGAGCAAGACUCCAUCUCAGAAAAAAGAAAGACAUAAAACUUCCUGUUUAAAAUUACACUAGUUAAGUGGUUGUUCUUGACCCAUGUUUUUAAAAUAUCUAGUUUCAGCUAAGAGAUUUUUUAAUUCAACUAAUAACAUGCCCUUACUGUUUAAAUUGUGAAAAUAGAUGGAUAUUUAUGUGGUUUUCUACAAGGUUUCUUUUUCCUAUGGAGCUAAUUAUUUUUAAGUGUGCACAUACCUCAGUGUACAUGUGUGUAUGUAUGUAUUUGUGCAUACAUAUACCCAAUAAUGUUAACUUUACAACAGGACCAAAGACCUCAUGGAAAAGUGUCCCAUUUCCAACAGUCCUGAGGUAGCAGGUAAUAUUUUACUCCACAUAAUUAAAAUUUCUAGCUAUCAAGGAAUUGAUAUUUUUCCAGCAGAAAGAGUUAUCCUUGUAAGUAGGACAGUUCCAUUACUUCACCAGAAUCCUGAAUUAGUCAAAACUAGUUAUCUUGGUUAUGACUAGCUAGGGUUUGGUUUCCUUUUAUUCCCUUAACUCUUUAUUUCUUUCUAUUAGUGAAGUUUGUUUUUAAAGGUUAAGGGGACCACCUCCCUCCUAGUACCUGGGGGGUGGGAAGAAGGGACGUAGGCUUCCUUGCCUGGGAGCCUAAAUUAAGGAGCCAGGUUCAGGAGGGGUGGAUUUGUUGGUUGACUUGGCCAUGCAGAAAUAGUCUUAGACUCCCCCAGGAUUUAAAAUAAGAAGUUUAAAAGAGCAGAUGAGGAAUAGAGAUACUUACUGACAAUAAAAAUAUUGUGGAGAUUUCUUCGGCUUUUUUUAAAAAAAUGCUUAAUCCAUUAUUAAAAUAAUAAUUGACUUUAUUUUAUAGUAAUAUACGAUAAUAUGAAGUUAGGAUGACUUGCCAUUUCAGAUUUAAAAUACAUAUUAAUUAAGUGACUACUAUGUUGUGAUUUUGAAUAAUGUUUAAGUUUCCAUGUUGAUUGUAUGCCUGGUAUAAUAAAGGAAAAGACUGCCUUAUUGUCCCCUUUAAAA